GGGCAGACGUACGUCAAGGAACACGCCACGUCAGGGGUCUCCAGUUUAAAACAUGGACAUUCUUAUACAACAGAGUUCAUACAAAAAACUGGAAUUUAUCCAGUCAUCUCAUUGCUAAUGGAACAGAGCGAUGCAGCGGCGCUUUAAUGCUUUACUCUGUCAGGCUCUCACACCUGCAGACAAACACAUCAGCUUCCAAGACUGCACCUUUCACACGCGUCAACUCUGUCGCUCUUGUAUUUACGAAGACUGAGAACUAACGGCACUGCAUCUGUCUGUCUGUCUGUCCAUCCAUCUAUCUACAGUUCUGCAGAAACAGAGUUUCAGCUCCCUCUAUAGAUGUUCUAUUGGGUUCAGGUCUGGAGACCGCUAGGCCACUCCAGGACCUUGAAAAGCUUCUUAUGGAGUCUUUCCUUAGUUGCUCUGGCUGUGUGUUUGGGGUCAUUGUACGGUGCAGACCCCUUUGCAGAAAAGCACCCCAAAGCAUAAGGCACCCUCAUGCUUCACGGUUGUGAUGAUGUUCUUAGGAUUGUACUCAUCCUUCUUCUCCCUCCAAACACGACGAGUGAAGUUUAUACCAAAAAGUUCUAUUUUGGUCCCAUCUGACCACAUGACCUUCUCCCAUGCCUCCUCUGGAUCAUCCAGAUGGUCUUUGGCAACCUUCCUGGACAUGUGCUGGCUUGAGCAGGGGGACUUUGCCCAUGCCGCAGGAUUUUAAUCCAUGACGGUGUAGUGUGUUACUAAUCGUAAUAGUGGAGACUGUGAUCCCACCUCUCUUCAACUACCCGUGCAGUUCUAGGCUGAUCCCUCACCUUUCUCCGGAUCAUCGAACUCGAGGUAACGAGUUCAAACAGGUGCAAUUUAUAGAGGAAUGAGUGGAGGAAAGGAGGCGUCUUCCAGACACACUAACAGUCUGUGAGGGACUGAAUUCUUGCUGCAGUAACAUUUUCAAUGUGAAUGGAGCAGAAGUUCCUCCCGGAGUUUCACUUCAACCCCUAAAGCGUCUCCUUCUCCCACUGGAAGAGCACGAUGUGUGUGUGGGGAGCCGCACUCAUGGUGUGUGUGUGUUUUCCGCACAUCGCCUCAUCGCUACAGCUGCAGCCUGACAUGCCAAAUGUGUGUAAGGAGCAGGAAGUACAGAUGCUGGGAAUGCAACAGCCAUGUGUUCAGGCCUUCACACGCAUGGUGAAGGUGUGGAAACAGGGCUGUUCUCCCCAACGAUGGUGCAUGGGCUAUGAGAGGAGGACAGCCUACUUCACAGCCUACAGGCAGGUGUACAAUAUGGAGCUGCAGACCGUUUACAAAUGUUGUCCAGGAUGGACGCAGAGAGGAGACGAGAGUGGAUGUUUACACAGACUGUGUUCUGCAGAUACUUGCUUUAAUGGAGGCAGGUGUGCAAACUCAGGGGAUCAGGUGUGCGAGUGUCCUGCUGGCUUCCAGGGAACACGCUGUCAGUAUGAUGUGAACGAGUGUGAGAGCUCAAACGGAGGAUGUGAGGGAACAUGCUGCAACACCAUCGGCAGUUUCUACUGUAAAUGCCCUGAGGGCAGCAUGCUCGGACUGGAUGGCAAAACCUGCCAGGAUAUCGACGAGUGUGAGGAAAUGAACGGUGGCUGUCAGCAGAAUUGCAUCAACACGAUUGGCUCGUACCACUGCGAGUGCGCCGAGGGUUUCCGCAUGCACGCCGAUGCUCGAACGUGCUUAGCUGUAAAAUCGUGUGCUGUAAAGAAUGGAGGUUGUGAGCACAGGUGUCUGGACCUUGGAGAUGAACAGUACAAGUGUGAAUGUCGUCCUCAGUACCGGCUAAAGAGUGAUGGCAAACACUGCGAGUUAAAGGACCCAUGUCUGGACAAUAAUGGUGGAUGUGCUCAAUUGUGUAGCAAUGAUCGAGGUAUCCCAGAAUGCAGCUGCAGACGGGGAUACACACUCGCUCCAGACCGCAAGGGAUGUGAUGAUGUGGAUGAGUGUGUAUCGGGUCGGACCGGGUGUGCUCAUGGCUGUGUGAACACUCCAGGCUCCUUCAGGUGUUUGUGUAACCCUGGAUUUGAGCUUGGGGUGGAUGGGAAGCAAUGCUAUCGCAUUGAGAUGGAGAUAGUGAACAGCUGUGAGAAGGAUAAGGGAGGCUGUGAUCACCACUGUGAACACACCACUGCCGGCCCUGUCUGCUCCUGUUACCGUGGAUACCAGCUUGCAGAGGACCUCAGGAUGUGUAUAGACACUGAUGAGUGCGAAACUGAAGAGUCUUGCUGUCACCACAACUGUAAAAACUCCCCAGGAGGGUAUGAGUGUAGUUGCAAUCCCGGAUACACACUCAGCUUAGACGGCUGCUCAUGUGAUGACGUGAACGAGUGUUUGCUCGAGAUUCUGGAGUGUAACCACUACUGCAUCAACAUACCAGGAUCUUACGAGUGUUUCUGCAGAGUGGGCUUCCGGCUGGAAAAUGACCAACACACCUGUGUUCCCCUGUAUGAGAGUGAUCUUGAACCUAUUGAAGAAGACGAGUCAGAGGGCGAUGAAGAAGAGCUAGAAGUGCUUCGUCUUCCCAACCUGCUGAUCCGACGACCCCCUCAACUUCUGCAAUACACUGCCGCGCUACAUUCACCAUACCUCCCUGAUGACACACCCGCGUCUUACUCGGGACACACACGAAGCCUAGAACAGCGAGGAGAACUCACCAUGAUUAGCAAGAUCAUGUGUGUUGCAGGCUCAUUUGGUGAAGACUGCAGUCUCAGCUGCGACAACUGCACUAACGGCGGGGUGUGUAGAGAGGAGAAAGAUGGCUGCGUUUGUACACCUGGAUGGACCGGCAUCACCUGCAACCAAACCUGUGUGGAGGGAACGUAUGGCGUCGGCUGUAACAGUGUGUGUGCAUGUCAGAACGGUGGACAAUGCGAUCCAGUAGGUGGGAAGUGUCUCUGCCCUCCUGGAGUCCAAGGCCUGCACUGUGAAGAUGGAUGUCCUCAGGGAUUUUUUGGGAAGUUCUGUAGGAGAAGGUGUAACUGCCCCAAUAAUGGACGCUGCCACCGUGUGUAUGGAGGCUGUUUCUGUGCAGCUGGACUGUAUGGAAAAUUUUGCCAUCUGUCAUGUCCCAGGUGGACGUAUGGCAGUGGAUGUUCUCAUGACUGUGACUGUGUUCAGGAGAAUUCUCUUGGAUGUGACGCCCAAAACGGGACAUGUACCUGCAAGCCUGGAUAUCAAGGCGACCGCUGCCAGGCAGAAUGCGACCCGGGUUUGUACGGUGCUCGUUGCCGUGAGCGCUGCGACUGCCCCGGCGGGGUGUCGUGUGACCCCGAAACGGGAAAAUUCCACGGAGAGUACUGCCUGCAGGAAUGCCCUGCAGGAGUGUAUGGAUCAGGGUGUGUGUUGAACUGUACUUGCCCUUCCAACACCAGCUGUGACCCUGUGACUGGAUAUUGUGUGUGUGCACCAGGAUACACAGGCCGUGACUGCUCUGCAGUCUGUGAGCAGGGCCUAUACGGACCGAACUGUUCCCGUGUCUGUGUGUGUUCUGGAUAUCAGCAGCUCUGUCACCAUGUGACCGGCAAAUGCACCUGCACACCUGGUUACUACGGCAGCCUCUGUCAACUCAAAUGCAGAGAAGGCACCUAUGGUCCCGAGUGCAAAAAAAGAUGCCGGUGUGUCAACGGGGGACGGUGUGAUUCCAAGACUGGGGCGUGCCUCUGUCCUCCAGGUUACUUUGGAGCCAACUGCAGCACCAGUUGUCCAGCAGGAAGCUUUGGCAAAGACUGUGCCGAAGUGUGUAAGUGUGGUGCCGGAGGACAAUGCCACCCGGUGACUGGGAGGUGUAACUGCACAUCAGGGAGAACGGGCCCUUCCUGCCAAGAAGUGUGUCCCAGGGGGCGCUAUGGAGUUCGGUGUCGUGGCGUGUGCGCGUGUGCGAACAGAGGUGUGUGUGACCCUGUUGACGGAGCCUGCAGAUGUGGACUCGGCAGCGCCGGAGUGCGCUGUGAGGAAGAGUGUCUCCCAGGCUGGUAUGGAGCUAACUGCGAACAGGAGUGUGUGUGUCAAAAUAAUGGCACAUGUGACCGCAUUACAGGCUCGUGCUCCUGUGCAGACGGAUACUACGGCCCCUUAUGCCAACACAAAUGCCCUGACGGAUUUUUUGGUGAGCUCUGCUCCUCUCAAUGCAACUGCACUAGCAAACAAACGUGCGAUCACGUAACAGGACGGUGUACGUGUCCUCCAGGCUAUAUGGGCGAACGCUGUGAGAAACGCUGCACAGUGGGCAGAUUUGGUUUGGGUUGUGUACACCAAUGUAUGUGUGUUGAUGGUGUCCCUUGUGAUCCAGUCACUGGUUGGUGUCUUUGUCCUCCAGGAAAGACAGGGGAGCGCUGUGAUAAAGAGUGCAUAAGCGGAUCAUUUGGCCCUCAGUGUUCUCUACGGUGUCAAUGCACUCAUGGAGGGCAGUGUGACCAGCGAAACGGACGCUGUGUGUGUUCAUACCCCUGGUUUGGACCAACUUGUCAGGAUGAGUUUAUCCCGGCUGCUUUAACCCCACCGAAGAGACGGCGAGGGCUGUAACACGAGGAUCAUCUACGGCUUUCUGGAAACGCUCUCAUUCGCACGCACACUCUUUAUGUGUGCGGUGUAUGACUCUCCAACCACUCCUUUCACCAUUCUGAAUGUGAAAUUGAGUGUGAUUUUAGCCAUGCACUACUAUAACGUUCUACCUGGGACCGUAAUGUAUGUGCAUUUUGAUGUGCACACACACACGUGUGGAAGCGUAUGCGCAUUAAAUAUUAAGCAAGAGCCCAUACUACCACAAGAUCUAUCCAAUUUUCGUGAGUCAAGCAAAUGCAACCCUCUGACUUUUCGUUUCACGGCUUCCAAACACAACAUAGCAGCGAACGCUGGUCAAAAUUGCCCGCAAAUGGGAUGCAAAACAAAAACGCUUACACUGUAGCAGUCUUUUACGUUUUUUCAGAGACAUGCUUGAUCCUUUUGUUUCAAUGCAACAAACUAAUAUAUGAAUGACCAUGUUGUACGUUUUCUUUUUUAAAUCCUCUUUUAAAAAAACACUUUAAAAACCUUUUAAACCUUUUAAAAUGAUAAUUACACACUCGGAAUCUGGACAGUAUGUUUCUCUGUUUCUCUGUUUCAAGUUUUAGUUUUCUAGUUUGUUGCAUAGAAGCAAACGGAACAUGAACGUGUUUAAAAACAGAAAAGACCUGGUGUUUCUGGACUUCUAACCAGGCUGUGUACUAAAACUAAAGUAAAUUAUGCUCUAAUAAUACUUCUUAAUUAGCAUGCAGAGUUACGCUGUUGAACUGAAACCUGAGUGGAUUUUCCAGAAAAAUUAUUGUAUCCAUGUUUUAUCUGGAAUUAACGCACAUUCGGCAGGUUGUAUAUCUCAAACAACGAAGCAAAUGCACCCGAUAGGAGACGUUUCUGUUCGUCUAUUUGUGUAAGCAAGCGGUAUAUUAUUUGUGGAAAAAUGUGUGUAUGUAUGAAGAAAAAUUAGCAGUAUUGUCUAUCGGAAUGGUGUUUUUUUUUUUGUUUUCGGAUGAUUGUUUCCAGAAACGAAAGUUUUUUUUAUAAUUUCCUGUAACGCGAUUCCAGUGAUAAGCGCGACCGAGAUCAAGUUACUCAGCUUGUGUAAAUUGUUAAAAGUGAGCCAUCCGGUUCAGUCGGAUUGCUGUAAACGAAGGCCGCGAAGAUCUGUGAUUUUACUGGUGCUUACACGCCAAAACAUCGCUAAUCCGCAAGCCCGCAAAUGGUCCGCGUUUCGUACCGUACUUUCAACAACCAGAGUGUAAAAAAUGAGAUGCGAAAGACGGACGUACUUCGUCUGGCGCAAUUCUUGGGAUUACUUUUAUUUACCUCGAGCCGUCACGCAAAUGCAAAUACUGUCUCGUUGAUCAAACCGUUUUCUGAACCGAAUGGUGCCGCAAUGACGAAUUGUUAUGAAGUUUGAAUUAAAUACUGAGUUUUUUUUUUUUUGCUCUCCCGUUAA